UUUUAGAGCUUCAGUUGUGGCUGGACCGCCAGCCGCGAUCGAUCUCGCUCUCCCUAUAUUCACGCGUUCUCUCUCUCACUUUCUCUCUAUUGCGGAACUCUCCCCACCCACGCCAUGUGUUUUUGUUGUGAAUGAGCUCCCUCGCCGUCAAUUGUUAUUAUAACUGUUACUUUCCAUCCUCUAUCAACCCCUCCCCACCAACGUCGAUUGCUCUUUGUCUGUCAUGCAUCGACAUAAUGCUGAGAGCUCUUUCUGUUUCAUCAAUCGUAUCAACGGGAACGCCAAUGAUGAACUGCAGCAGCCCGGAGAACAUGAGCCCACUUCCGCUCUUUUGGACUACUGCAAACGGAAGUUCCUUCGUCCAUAUGUGGCCAUCCUGACGCUGGUGGGUCUUAAUCCCAUCUCCACCGAUAUGAGCAGUGUACGUGCCUGCUGCAGCUACGUGCAGGCGUUGAUGGUGCUAUUCGUCCUGCUGGUUGGAUACCUUUUACGGUACAUUUGUGGAUACAGAGGCGAUCGUGGUUUUACCAGCUACAGGGACAUUCGACCCAUUACCAAUGGAACAGAUGGCGGGUCAGCUAGUCCUAACACUAUAGGAGAACUUCUCUUUGGAUUUAUAGUGCCCAGUGGAUUUAAUCUACUGUCUUUCGUGUCAGCAGUGUUGGUAUGCAAGGUGAUCGACCAUGAGCAGCUGCAAAACCUCAUCGAGCGGGUGUUCCUGAUGUCAGCCAAGCCGAAAAGACUGUGCCGAAUGUUGUGGCUCUUUUUGACCAUUGCAUUGGCUUUGCUGAUUUUGCUUUUUGGAUACGCUUGCUGCGUGGUGAUAAUGCAGCCAAGUCAGAUCGUGAAAGUGUCUUGGCUAGCAGAAGCCCUAAGCGAUUGGGAGUUGUGGCUGCGUGUGGGCCUGUUGUUCACCAUAUUGCUCCAAGACCUUGUGGAAAUUAUUAUACUAAGCAACUAUUACAUCGAAUGUUAUUUGCUAAGGAUGCAUUUGGAAACGCUUUCGCACAAGCUCCUCAUGCACUCCAUCGAUUCACUAGAUUGGAUGAGGGAAGUCCUUGAAUUUCGUAAGCUGCUGGAACGGCUGAAUCAGCACGUGUCUGUGCCGGUGUGCUUCCUGAUUGUAAUGAAUCUGGCGUACGCCUUCGCGGGAUUGGUGUACCUUUUCAAGGACUUUGAUUUCCACUACUGUGCCAUGAAGCUCGUCUUACUUAACAUUGCCAAUGUGAUGCUGUGGCUGUUUUUGGGAUUGCUGCCCUUUUUCGUCGCAUCAUCAGUGACGCGUGUGUGCCAGAACGCCCAGGCGAAUGGCCAUCAGAUACGGGUUCGCCCGUUUGUUUACCACAAUACCUCGGCGGAGGAUCUCAACUCGACGCUACUAUUCGCCGCCUCACUAGACAUGUCCGCUAAACUCUUUCGAAUGCCUAUCCAACCGAACUACUUGUGCUUCGCCAUCCUUGUUGUGGUCAUCGUAAUUCUCACGCUUGGCAUGUGUCUGAAUCUCACCGCCUUGGGCAAAAUAUAACCAAUAAAUUGUACGCAUUCGCCUAUAAUAAUAAAAAAUUAUAGUAUUUGUAUAGCUUA